AUGCCUGACUCCCUUCAACUACACCAGCAAGAUCACCAUGACCUCCCGCAGGGCUAUCUUACCUUCGAGGCUGCGACUUCGGAGUUGCGAAAGAAGCUGGGUCGCAAAGUAAAACACCAGAAAGCCCAAUAUCAUCUUAUCGGUUUUGCUUUCAAUUUGCUUGCAGUUGCGCAAGUAAUGAUCGGCGCCGCCAUCACUGCUUUAGGCCCAACUGGAGGUGAACACAUGUUAGCCAUCACAAUUUUGGGGGCUUUCAACACGUCCAUCGCCGGAGUCCUUGCAUUGCUCAAAGGAAGAGGCUUCCCGCAGCGAUUGAGGAGAAAUAUGGUUGAACUAGAAAAGGUAUUGGACUUCAUUCAAGAAAGGGGGGUCUUAUUGAGAUAUGGGGAGAGCGAAGUCCUACAUGACGGAGAUGGAGAUGCGCUUAUACGAGAGGCCUUCCAAAGAUACAUCACAGCGCAGCAGAUUAUCGAAAGCAACCAGCCAGACACCUAUGCCGAUGGAACUACACCUCAUUCCUCCGUGGAUCAAGAGAGUGUUGGCUUUUCAAGCCAAACAGCAGCGACGACUGACUUGCAUGGAAAGGGACGUCAAUUAGACGAAGAAAUGGGUAGUAAUAGGGCUAAUCUAUAA